CCGUAUUUUCUGCUGCAUUCAAGUUAAAUCGGCAAACGGAAUGUUCGUUACUGUCAUUUCUCCUUCUACUGUAUUUGUUCGACGUAACAACUUUGACUUAGAAACAGAAUAGGAAUUGACAACUGCGAUAUUUUUGUCAUAUAGCACAUCUAGAAUAUCUGGUAUAUACCGGUAACAUCUUUUUGACUCUCAAGCUCAACUGUCAGGAUUAUCUGACGCAAACUUUCGAUAUUUCCCAGCAGAACUAAACAUUCUCAUUAUUCACAAAGGUAACGGGGUUCUGGUUUCUGUGGCACACCGGUGAAGUUCUACUCAAACGCAGCUGUGGAGAGAUGCGUUCGUUCGGACAAUUUUGACGGACCUGAAGCUGUCCACUCAUGGAUGAGUUAACUGUGUCACUUUGUUUUCGUGUUUUUAAUAAUUUUGGCACCAUGAAGGUGGUGUGUUUUAUGGAAUAAGACAAUCGGAGCUAAAGGAUUUUUAUUCACGUUUUUAUUUUCAUUUACAACAAAAAGAAGACAACAUGUUUGAAGUUUCUGGAAUUCCAUACUUCCUGCUGGACAUUACUUGUCUCAUUCUCGUGGGAUUCCCCUUCUUCAUCCUGACUCCUCAGCACAACCCCUUCAAACGAGGCUUCUUCUGCGAUGAUGAGUCCAUCCGCUACCCCCUCAAAGAGGACACCAUUUCCUACCAACUCCUUGGGGGCGUUAUGAUCCCCUUCACGCUCAUUGCUAUCAUCUGUGGUGAGUGUCUUUCCGUCUACCUGUCCCACAUCAAGAAGAAGACGCUUGGCUGCAAGUAUGCAGCAUGUGUCUACAAGGCCGUGGGCUGCUACUUGUUCGGAGCGGCGGCCAGCCAGUCGCUGACGGAUAUCGCCAAGUACUCCGUGGGGCGUCUCCGGCCUCACUUUCUGGCCGUGUGCAAGCCACGGUGGGAUCGUAUCAACUGCCAAGCUGGAGGAUACGUGGAGAACUUCACCUGUACAGGCGAUAAGUUCCUGGUGGAUGAAGCCAGGCUGUCCUUCUACUCUGGUCAUUCGUCGUUCUCCAUGUACUGCAUGUUGUUUCUUGUUCUGUACAUCCAAGCCAGGCUGAAGGCCAAGUGGGCGAGGCUGUUGCGGCCCACUGUGCAGUUCUUCCUGCUCGCCACCGCCGUCUACGUGGGUCUGUCCCGCGUGUCCGACUACAAGCACCACUGGACCGACGUGCUCGCCGGCCUCCUGCAGGGUGGCGCUGUGGCCUCCUUCACUGUGUUCUGCGUGUCCAACUUCUUCCAGCAGCCCCUUGAGGUGGGCGUGUCCCAGGGGGACGGAGGCCAGCACACCAGUUUACAAGAGAACCCACCCAAUUCCAACCACUACGGCAGCACUGACUGAACCACCUCAAAGAAUCACCCCGGCAGGAGGAGCAAUUGGGUAGGGGUGGGAGCACAUGCACUUUACUGUGUUACCAAGAAAUUUUCGGCUCGAUGUGAGCACGUUGCCGAGCGGGAGGGACAUUUUACAACAGUGUGCCAUGGGUUGGAUAUAUGCCGUGUGUCACGGAGGAAUGAAAUUCCAUUUGCUGUGAAUAUAAUGGGAGGCUUGUGUGCUCGCUGCGAGCGGGCUUGUAAUGGAGAGUCUGGCACCUUGAAAAACCUCCACUGUCCUGAAAGGAGACACACAGGUACCGGACGACAUACAGAAAAACUUUUUUGGGUGACGUUUCAGGAUGGACUGAAAAUGCACUAUAACAGUUGUUUGAUCAAUAGAUGGACCAAUACAGGAGAAAUCGACUCAGCCCCAUUUUCUUAAAAGCUCACACCGCGCCUUAAAAUCCAAUGUGCCUUGUAUAUGGUCAUUACGGUAAUAUUUUGACCCCAAAAUAGCUCCUUGCUCACGACAUGCUGACAACGCAGAGUUCAAACUUAAGGUUUCGCAGUUGAACACGGAAAUAGAGCAGCGGCAAGAGAGUUCAAUGUUAACGAGUCAAUGUUAUAACUUGCUGUUGGUUAAGUGAACCGUGUUGCUGCUUUGUUAAAUAAGUUUUACUGACAUCUGAUUGUUCUGUUGGCGUUUCCUUGAGUGUGGCUCAAUCUAGUGGAUGCAUUGUAAAUUGCAUCUUAUACUGCGGUGCGCCCAAGUUAUGAAAAAAAUAACAAAAUAGGCCAUUCAUUGAAGGUGCCCCUCAUAAUCCAGUGCGCCUUCCAGUGUGGCAAAUACGGUAACUAUACAUGCCACAAGAUGUUACAAAGACGGAGACGAUACUGAAGCAUCAACACCAUGCAUCUAGCGCGUACGAUAUUCAGACAUUAAACGCAUGCACAACUGUUGUCAGUAAUUAAAUUAUUCUUCAGAAAGAAACCACCUUCACACGUUCAUCAAAACUGUUUGCUAGUAUACUCGCCUAAAUACCGGUAAUGUGACAGCAUACGUUGGCAAACAAAUAUGCAAAUGCAACUCAUUACAGUAAUCUUUUACCAUGUACACGUAAUAGUAAAUGUUAGGGAAUACAGGCAAAGUUACUAGUACCUGCCAUUGAGAAAGAAGUUGAAACAGCAAGUUGUACAAAAAGUGUAGACCAGAGAGAAUGUGUGUACCAGGAUUUCAAAAGAUAAGGGAAGGUCAAGUUAAGUUCACCUGAAAAGGUUAUUGUGCAUUUUAGGUUUGUUCUGAAAUUUCACUUGAAAGCUGACUCGGUUUUUAUGAGAAAUGCGUAAUGACUUUUUUCUCCCAUAUUUUAAAACCAAUGUCUUGUAUCAUAGUAGGAUGUCUGUGACAUGCUUUCGUUAAAAUAUGUACCACCCAAGACCAAGAAUAGCAUAUUUUGUGCAGAUUAUUAAUCAUCUUCCUGAAAAUAGCUUGUUUUAGGACCAUGGGGGUGGAUUUCAACUCAUGGCUGUAGAGUGUGUGUGUGCGCGUGUGCGUGCGUGCGCGCGUGCGCCGCAUGAACACGUCGCCAAACACAAACACCGCCACGCUUGUGCCUCCAGCUUAUCGACAACAAAGUGUUGCGUAUUGGAAGCAAACUACUAGCUGACGCAAAUUUCUGCAUUCCAAAAAACAAACAAACUUAGUGCAGCUUUGCUUACCUCGCACAAAGCCACCACUGGCUAACUGAACCACAUCAUAUUAAUUUCACACUUGAUGGGUGGGCAGAUGCAGUGUUAAAUGGAUAUAUUUUGUAUUCAUUCAUUCAUUGCCUUUGGUUGUGCCAGUGCCAACUGUGAAACUAUCAAAGUCGUGGGUGUGUGUGUGUGUGUGUUUUCAUUUUAUUCAAACUUACCCAAAUCAGAGCUGUCCAAACAUUUUAGUUUUAAAUCCUCAGAGGAACAUACUAAAUUCAUGAAAAUAAUGAUGACCUUCUUUAUUAUGGUACACCAAAAGCAUUUUGAUGUUGAUUUAUUUCAUAUUUGUGUUUGUUAUCCUUGUUUUUCCGAGGUUUUAUUUCUUUUUAAAAAUUACAAAGCAGGCCAGCUCAAACGCUCCCACGGGGCCAUGACUGGUACACGCACCGUAAGUUCCUCACCCCUGAUAUGACCAGUGCUGUUGAAAAUAUAAGAAAUAAAACAAGUGAAAUUU